AUGGGACGCAACAAGGCCGCAAAGGCUGCUUCUAGGCGGGCCGAAAGCGCAGCUGGGGCUCCAAGAGUGCAGGACGAUGAGACGCUUGGCUCGCUCCUACAACCAGGCCUUAGGCCGCGGUACCACGACACGCCCAGGUUGUUGGCAAGUGGCAUCGUCAUGGGCUGGCUACCUGGGCAGGGCAAUGAGCCAGAGGAUCUUGAGAUUGACCAGCUGUGCAAGUCCAGACAGAGCAAGGAGAUCCGAAGAAAUGAUGAGUUUGCCGGCUCACCGCUUCACAAAGACAAGCGCCCUCUGUACAACUGGGUGGCCGAAAGCAUACAUCCGGGCAAGUACACAGUGAACCCGGACCACAUGAAGCCAUGCCCACCAUACAGUGACAACAGGUGUGACAUCUGCGGACACGGAGAAAAUCUGUACGUCUUCCGCUGCUGGCCGAAAAAGUGCAACCGCUCAGCCCAGGCCCAGGGCCAACUUUGCUUCGAGCGAGUGCUGGGCUACUUCAGCAAGACCUGCGGCGCUGCGCUGCUGGGCAGGCCGAGCGAGAAUAUGAAGAUCCAGGAGAAGGCCCAGGAGCUUCUCCUACUUGACCCUGACAAGAUGCAGGAGGAGAUCGAGUCUCUGGAAUGGACUGCCACCCAGAAUGCAUCUCUGCAGCAGGCGAUCCUUCGCUACAGCGGACAGUCUGCAGGCAUCCGCAACCCGGAGCUCAGCGCCGUAGAGGCGAUCUACGGGCAGCUACCCAAGCCAGAGGAUCCCUUUAGGGCCAUCCGCCGAUGUUUGGGGUUUGGCGUGCAGCACCGAGAUUUGGCUGCGUGUCUUCUGCCGAACGAUUGCUUACAAGAAAGGACUUCAAUCAAACAUGUCUCACCCUCCGUACCCAUCACAGGGCUAAGAGAUGCGGUGACAGGUUUUGGGAUGCUGCAGCUAAGGAUUCUAGAGUGUUGCUUGCAGAGACGAGGCAGGGCCUCGCUUGUUUUGCAUUGUGGCGUGGAACAACUCUCAGCCACGCGGCUCUCAUGCUUGUGA